AUGCUUCGUCUAGUGAUGUUUUCUGUUCUUCUGAUAUUUUGUAAGAUUUAUUCGGUUGAUUCUGUGGCAGAAGAUUGUGCAACAUCCAAAAGAGAAACUAGAUGCUCCAGUAUUUUUGAAGAUUUACAGAAUUGUUAUAAUGCAACUUUCAAACCAAUGUUGGGGGACUGUCUCGUAACAUGCAGUGCUUGUGAAUCCUAUAAAUGCUCGAAUCCUCAACCUGAAACUACUCUCAAUUGUUCAGCCCUUGCUUCACAAUGUGAUUCGGCCACUUUCAGCGAGUUUAUGAAGGAAAAAUGUCCAGCAACAUGUGGAAAAUGCAAUAGAAAAAAUGCGAACUUGUGUUCGGACAAGAGCAAAUCUGAAGUUUGCACUACUAUGGCGACUUUCUGCAACACAAUUGACUACUAUGAUUUACUGUCAGAAGAAUGCCCUUCCACUUGUAACCGAUGUCCACAUAACGGUACAAAUCCAAACGGAAACGGAGGUGGAAAUGGAGGGGACGGAAAUCAAGCUUGCACCGAUGUGGCAAAUGAUUGUUCCACGAAUCUUGCCAGAUGCUCCGAUGCCCAAUAUGCUCCAUUAAUGCACCGCCUUUGUCCAAAAACCUGUAAUUCCUGUAAAAACUGUGAAGAUUUCCACAAGAUGUGCUCCACAUGGGUUUCUCACGGAUUCUGCACAAAGUACAGUCCGGCAGCAGUAAUGAAAACAUGCCCAAAAAGUUGCGAUCUGUGUAAAUGA